CAAUCAGGACACAUCUACCCUCACUGCCCUCCCUGUCCCAUAGGAGUUCUCAGGCAGCUUCAAUGGAAGGAAGCCAAGAAGGAGGCCUGGUAUAAGUUCAAAGAUGAUAAUUACAACAUGGAUUGUGUACAUUCUUGCCCGGAAAGGUGUAGGACUCCCCUUCCCACCAAAGACUAGCUCGGAUGUUGAAGUUGUGGAAAGCGAGGCUGUAUUUGUAGUUGAGCAUUGGAUGAAAAAAACAGCAGAAGAGGCUCCCAAAGGCAUUAAGGAGAAGAUGUCCACCAACCCCUCUCCCACUCAUGGCGAAGACAUACAUGUGACCAGAGAUGUGGUGAAGCACCAACUCUCAAAGGCUGAUCUGUGUGCAAACCCAAGCCAAGAGGUCCUGGAGGAGAGAACAAGAAUCCAGUUCAUAAGAUGGAGCCACACCCGCAUCUUCCAAGUGCCAAGCGAGAUGAUGGGCGAGGUCAUGCAAGAUCGGAUAGAGCAGGUGAGACGAAGUUUAUCCCACCUUACCUGUGACUCAGCUCAGGACUCAAACGUCAGAUCUUCCUUCACAAACUGCUAAGAGCAACAGGUUGAAACCUUCAAGGUCAAGGAACAGCCUGUGUCAAAGAAAAGUCCACCUCCAGCUUGACCUGAAGGUGCCCAGACCUGGGCACAGAGAUGGCAGUGGGUGAGCCCUGUGCUGCGACAGAGGCAGCACGGGAAUCCUUUGCUGAACUGCUAAUAAAGAGACACACUAUUUAACAA